GAACGCGCUGCUAUUGCUCAACCAAGAAGUAGAAGAAGAAGCUGCACGCCUGAAACGAUGGCGGCCACUCUGAGAGGAAGCUUGGUAACAUUGCUCAAGGGCCUGAGUGGCCGCCGGUGGCAGCAGCUGACCUCUCGACCUCUGAGCGUAUCCGCUGGCCUCCGUGGCUCGGAAGCCCCACCGGCGCGCGCCGAUGCCAUCUUCAAGGUCACGAUGGUGCCGGGGGACGGCGUGGGACCCGAGCUGAUGACCGCCGUCAAGGACGUGUUCAGGGCAGCAGACGUCCCGGUGGAAUUUGAGGAGUUUCACCUGAGUGAGGUGCAGCACAUGGCCAGUGAGGAGAAGCUGGAAGAGGUGUUGACCUCAAUGAAGGCCAACAAAGUGGCCAUGAAAGGAAAGAUUCACACACCCAUGGAAUUCAAAGGAGAGCUGGCCUCCUAUGAGAUGAGACUGAGGCGUAAACUGGACCUGUUUGCUAAUGUGGUCCAUGUGAACAGCCUGCCGGGCUACAGCACUCGCCACAACAAUCUGGACCUGGUCAUCAUCCGCGAGCAGACCGAGGGCGAGUACAGCGCCCUGGAACACGAGAGCGUGCCGGGUGUGAUCGAGUGUUUGAAGAUCAUCACCAGGGUGAAGUCACGGCGCAUCGCCAAGUUCGCCUUCGACUACGCCACCAAGAAGGGGCGGAGCAAGGUCACCGCCGUGCACAAGGCCAACAUCAUGAAAUUGGCCGACGGCUUGUUCCUGCAGAGCUGUGCCGAGGUGGCGCAACUGUACCCCAAAAUCAAAUACGAGAACAUAAUCAUCGAUAACUGCUGCAUGCAGCUGGUCCAGAACCCGUACCAGUUCGACGUGCUGGUGAUGCCCAACCUGUACGGGAACAUCAUCGAUAACCUGGCGGCCGGCCUGGUGGGAGGAGCCGGAGUCGUUCCCGGGGAAAGCUACAGCGCCGAUUACGCCGUGUUCGAGACCGGGGCGCGCCACCCCUUUGCUCAAGCCGUAGGCCGGAACAUCGCCAACCCCACGGCCAUGCUGCUCAGCGGCGCCAACAUGCUGCGGCACCUCAACCUGGAGUAUCACUCCCAAAUGGUGUCGGAUGCGGUCAAGAAGGUCAUCAAGCAGGGCAAGGUGCGCACCGGAGACAUGGGCGGCUACGCCUCCUGUGACGAGUUCACCCGCGCCGUCAUCGCCAACCUGGCCGUCUAAAUUAUAUUUACAAAUCUGUCGGCCGCUCAGACGCACGCACACACAAACACACUUUUUUUUCCAUGUUUGUACUUCCUGUUGACUGAUUGUACACACAAAGUAUAUUCCGGCAACAUCUUCCAGUUUGAAAUGACGUGACAUGUGCAGCUGUAAUAUCCACGACCUCUGACCUGACCCCACAUCUGAGGCUACGUCUCACAACCAGAACAGAACAUGUUCUCAUGCAGAACCAGUACAGAACGUGACUGGUUCACGUCACACAUUCUUAGCCUGUUCUCUGGCAACAUCUUGUAAUUUCUUCUUGUUUUUAAACCAGCGCUCAAAAACAUGGUGGAUGUAUACUUUUCUUAUUAUUUAUUAACUUCAAAGCUGUAGCUUCAUUGCGUCUCUGUUCCUGAUAAAUAUAUAUGAAUAAUAAAUGAUAUAUAUGA